AAAGUUGACAAGGGCCGUAGUUUAUUAAUGGAGGAGGAUCCACCUACAGAGCCCCAACAAAAAGCAGAACAGUUAAAGAAUAGGGUUGUUUUUGGGAUUGCAAUUGGAAUUUCUGGUGGAGGUAUCAUUUUGGCUGGAGGAUGGGUUUUCACAGUGGCUGUUGCUGCUGCGGCUUUUGUGGCUGCACGGGAGUACUUUGAGCUGGUAAGGAGUCGUGGAAUUGCUGCAGGAAUGACACCUCCACCUCAAUAUGUAUCACAAGUCUGCUCUGUUAUCUGCACUUUAAUGCCUAUACUUACAUUGUAUUUUGGUCAAAUUGAUGUUUCUGUGACAUCUGCAGCUUUCAUUGUUGCUAUUACAUUGCUUUUGCAGAGGGGAAAUCCACGAUUUGCUCAGCUCAGUAGUACAAUAUUUGGGCUGUUCUAUUGUGGUUACCUUCCUUGCUUCUGGAUUAAGCUUCGCUGUGGUUUAGCAGCUCCAGCCUUAAAUACAAGAGUGGGAAGAGUAUGGCCUUUACUUCUUGGUGGCCAUAGUCAGUGGACAGUGGGUCUUGUGGCGACCUUAAUUUCUGUUAGCAGUAUUAUUGCAGCAGAUACAUAUGCUUUUGUUGGCGGCAAGGCAUUUGGUCGGACACCACUUAUUAAUAUUAGUCCAAAGAAGACAUGGGAGGGAGCUGUUCUGGGCUUGGGUGGUUGUAUAGCCACUUCUGUUUUAUUAUCAAGGAUUCUUAGUUGGCCAACAUCUGUUUUAAGUGCAAUAGCUUUUGGGUUUCUAAACUUCUUUGGAUCCCUUUUUGGUGACCUUACCGAGUCAAUGAUCAAGCGUGAUGCGGGUGUUAAGGACUCGGGGACUCUAAUACCUGGACAUGGCGGAAUACUAGACAGGGUAGAUAGCUAUAUAUUUACAGGUGCACUUGCCUACUCCUUUGUCAAGACUUUGCUACCGCUAUAUGGAGUUUGAUGAUAGCCACUGGUGUUGCAAAUUGAAAGGUUGAAUUUCUGGUAAAUGAUAAAGCAAAACUGCAGGAGCAAAGACGAGCUCAUCAUCAGUAACUACGACCAGUGCGCGGUAGCUAGUGUAUCAUCCCAAAGAGGUCCAUUUGAGCCCAGAUUGGAUUUCGACCAGGUUUAGGUUAUUCAUGCCUUGAUUCAUAGCACUCCAAAAAAGUACUCCAUGUUAUGGGCUUGGCUGGUGUCCAACGUACAACCUCUAGGAAUAAUUUUGGCCCCGCUGGGCUGACAGUUUUGCAAUUGAAAAUUCUGUGACCAUUAUCAUUAUUAUUGUCAAAUCAUGACCAUAUAAGUUAGGCAAUUUGUAAUAAAACAAGUCAAUAUUUCCUUGGAUGUUUCUGGGGCAUUAGGAUUGCUUUUCCUCUUCUUCUGGUUUCUGACUUGAAACAAUUGCUCUAUGGAGGUAACUUGUGAGCUUCCAAAUAACUUGCAUGGCCCGGUGGAUAUUACUACCCUGUAAUUUAUGAUCUACUUAGAAUUUAUUUAUGAUCUACUCAGAAUUUGAGUGUUAGUUUUUGUUUCGAGAA